AAGUAUCAUUCUAUCAAUCAAAGAAUACACACUCCCCACAAUUAAGCCAUAGUGCACAAAGCUUUUACAAGAAAUUGAAAAGUCAAUAUCCAAAUUCAUCAAUUAAUUGCUAAACUUCAAUUCGCAAUCAUGCAAAACCAACAACCCUCCGGUAUCAUCAACCCUAAGUAUUGUGCUCCAUAUAAUGUCGACCUAGCAAUUGUGAGAAAGGUCUUGGCAUUAACUGAUAGCUUUACCGUCACCGAUGUCAAUGGCCAAAUUGUUUUCAGCCUUAAGGCCUCUCUCAUGACCCUCCAUGACCACCGUGUCUUGCUUGACGCCGCCGGAGAACCCGUCGUCACACUACGCCGGAAGUUAAUGUCUGCUCAUGAUCGGUGGCAAAUUUUCCGUGGUGAAAGCACGGAGCCGAAAGAUUUGAUCUUUAGUGUGAAGCGAUCGUCCUUUUUCCAGCUGAAGACGAAAUUAGAUGUGUUCUUAGCCAAUAAUACUAAAGAAGAAGUAUGUGACUUUAAGGUGAAAGGAAGUUGGUUCGAACGAUCUUGUGUUGUUUAUGCUGGUGAAUCUCUGAACAUUGUUGCCCAGAUGCAUAAGAAGCACACUGUUCAAAGCAUUGUGUUUGGAAAAGAUAAUUUCAUGGUUACAGUGUAUCCAAAUAUUGACUAUGCAUUCAUAGUGGCACUGAUUCUGAUUCUUGACGAAAUUCACAAAGACAUGAAAAAUCAAUGAUUAUUGAGCUUUCUGUUUAUGACUUCCUCUGAGUUCUCUGGUUGUCAUAAAAAAGUUCAUCAAAAGUUGUACGUGACAUAGAUAGUCAACAUGCAAGUUCUAAUUUCUUGCCGUCCUGUAUACUUCUUCAGUCCUGUAAUAAAUAUUGUAAAGUGUAAGGAAAAAAAUCUGAAAAAAAUAUCAUUUUAAUUUUUCAAUAUUGUAAACUUAUUUUU